AGAGAGAGAGAAUUACAGUAAGAGAGAUCUUCUGUAAGUUCGACCUAAUUAGCUAGUCAUCAAGUCACGGAAGACUCUUGAGAUCCGAACACGUGACUUACAGUAAAGGUUUGUUUUCGACCUGUAGCACAGAUUUCAGGUGGGAAAUUUCCUAGAAUUGAAAAAUAAAACGCUGCUCUCACUGAUGACGCUCCUGUGACUUUCGCUGACUCAAUAUGAUUUCCACGUCCAACCACAGAGCUCUCGCGUUAAACAAGAACUCAAUCUGUUGAUCUGCAGUGACCUGAAGCAGGAAGUAAGCCCUGGGCUGUGCACAUCGCUUCAGAGGUCGCUUUCGGGCAGUUUUUUUUUUAGAGAACGGCUUGAAAGUGAACAUUUUAAUCUGGUUUUGAUUUUCCUGGUUUUGAAGGGCGUGGGACACAGAAAGACACGUCACGUCAUAUGCAACGUGUUUCGUAACAGCCUAUGUUUUGCUGGACAUCAACUCACCACAGUGCAGAGAUACUGACGGCUUCUGCCACCAAACAAUUCUUGGAGGAGAUCAAUAAAUGGACAAGUCAGCAUGGAGUCUCUCCCCUGACUUGGGACGUGGCCGUGAAGUUCCUCAUGGCACGAAAGUUUGACGUCCUUCGGGCCAUAGAACUCUUCCACAGCUACAGGGAGACGCGUCUAAAAGAGGGCAUUGUCAAGUUACAGCCACAGGAGGAGCCGCUGCGCUCGGAGCUCCUGAGCGGCAAGUUCACGAUCUUGGGAGUAAGAGACCCUUCAGGUGCCUCCAUCGCUCUGUACACGGCUAAGCUGCACCACCCGAAUAAAACAGGCAACCAUGUGGUGCUCCAGGCUUUGUUCUACCUGCUGGACAGAGCGGUCGAGAGUUUUGAGACGCAGAGGAACGGUCUCGUCUUCAUCUACGACAUGGCCGGAUCCAACUACACCAACUUCGAGUUGGACUUGAGUAAGAAGAUCCUCAAUCUGCUCAAGGGUGCGUUUCCUGCUCGGCUCAAGAAAGUGUUGAUCGUCGGCGCUCCCGUGUGGUUCCGAGUGCCCUACAACCUGCUGAGCCUGCUGCUCAAGGAGAAGCUCAGAGAACGGGUCCAAAUGGUGAAGAUGACCGAUCUACGGCAGCACCUUCCCAGAUCCUGCCUGCCAGAACACCUGGGUGGCUGCUUGCCUCUGGACGUCCACGGCUGGAACCAGCGUCUUCUGGCCGAGCAAAACGGCCGCGUAGAUCCUGUGGACGAGCUGCUGGGUAUCCCUCUGGCGACCUCGGCGAUACACACACCAAGCCCUGACGCUAUGCGACUCCCUGAGUUUAACGCUCGCCUGGCUCGAGCACAGCGAAGCGGAAUUUACUACGAGUAUGAAGAGCUCCGUAAAGAGCCGCCCUCCGGAACCUUCCACUGUGCACUGGCAGCCUACAACCAGGAGAAGAACCGUUACGGCGACGUCCUGUGUCUCGAUCAAACCCGUGUACGCUUGAAAGCCAGAAGAAAUGAGAGAUCGGACUACAUCAACGCCAGCUUCAUGGACGGCUACAAGCAGAGGAACGCGUACAUCGGAACUCAGGGGCCGCUGGAGAAAACCUACGACGAUUUUUGGAGAAUGGCGUGGGAGCAGAACGUGCUGGUUAUCGUCAUGACAACAAGGACAGACGAGGGUGGCAGAAAGAAGUGCGGACAGUACUGGCCUCUGCAGGAAGGAGGACAGGAAGUUUAUGGACACAUAGCUGUGGUCAACCAGAGAGUGGACAACCAUUCCCAUUACAAUCAGACCUUUCUAGAGCUGCAUAACACGGAGACAUGUGAGCAGAGGCAGGUGAGCCACUUUCAGUUCCUUUCCUGGCCCGACUACGGCGUUCCCUCCUCAGCACUCUCUCUGCUCGACUUCCUGAGCACGGUGAAGAAACAGCAGCUGAGGGCGGUGAAGGCUCUGGGCUCCCAGUGGAGAGGUCAUCACCUGGGCCCACCGAUGGUCGUCCACUGCAGCGCAGGCAUCGGCAGGACUGGCACGUUUUGUGCUUUGGACAUCUGCCUGUCUCAGCUGCAGGAUGUCGGGACGCUGAACGUGUGCCAGACGGUGAGACGCAUGAGAACUCAGCGCGCCUUCAGCAUCCAGACACCCGAACAGUAUUAUUUCUGCCACACUGCCAUCCUGGAGCACGCCCAGCGUAACGGACAGGCCACGGCGUCUACUCAGUGAGAGAUGGAGUCCGUCGGUGGCUCCAGAAUCCGAAACAUUUGCCGCGGACUCUCACAAGCUCGUGUCUCCCAGACAGUCGCUCUAAGCACAGUAUUUCUUGUUUUUUGACUCGUAAAAUUGCUGAUGUGUUUAAAAAAAAAAAAAAAAAAAAAAAGUGCCAUCAUCAUAGCAAUCUUAGCCAAUGCUGUUUAGCCAAGAGGCCUAAAUCUCUGCUGGAUCCAGCUGAAGACUCAGUACUUUCAUGCGUACUUUCAUGAGUAUGUAGCACUAUUCACACAUGGACCAUUUCCCACAAUUACCCAUGGGAAAUAUAUAUCCGUUGUCAUUUUUUUUUAGCUUUUAUAUUUAACAUCCUAAACUAGCUUCAUCUGUCGGAAACAAUGGGCCUCGUUUAUCAGAGUUUGGUUAACGUUUUUUGUAACGUGUGUACUUUUUUUUUUUUUCUUUUCACUACCUGAACAAUUUGUUCUUAAUCCAGUUUGGAUUUACUAUUUAACAUCAUUUUUUGCAUCGUAGCUAAAAACCAUCUGCCAAAAAAAUUUAAGAUUUAUAUACUGACGAUCAGAGCAGACGAUAUAAAAAAAACUGUAGCCUUUUUUUUUUUGGUAACAGAUUGGAUUUUUUUUUUUUCUUACAAAUUCUGCUCGUGGGAUUGGACAGCCAUGUCGUCUAUUUAACAUCUGUAGGCGUCUGCCUUGCUUUUUCGGUCCAGCUGUUAACGAAUAAAAAAAAACACCCCCUUUUGCUUGUGUAAUUGCUGUUGCUAAUAUUACCAGUGUGAAAGUAUCUCUCAAGUCUCUGGUUUUCUGUAUAACCGCGUGAACGCACUUUCAGUCACGUGUUCGCGGCGUGCAUUCACCCUGUCUGUAACAGUAGAAGAGUAUAACACCGUGUAGCUCCAUAUCGCUGAUAUAACGUCUUUUCUCAGAUAUAACGUGGUGUGAAACGAUGCAGUAAGUCGUAAAAAAUGACCAGUGUGCAAAGUAAAAAAAAAAAAAGUCCCUGUUUGUGUUGGUCACGUUUCACAGUAUUAAUCACGUAGUUUUGUUAUUGGGUAUGUAAACCAUUGCUACUCAAUUCAUAUUGAAUUUGCUCGUAGUGAAGCGUCUUGUUAGAGAAAAAAAACACUCAAGUGUAGAAAUCUAGAAGUCGAACAACAAUGAAUGAACCCACUUUAUUUUUCUAUUAUACUCCCACGAACUCUUUCGUUUGCAAAAAUCGCUACGUGUAUAUUUUUCUUUCUUAAUUCCGUAACUUUCGUAACGUUCCUAUGAUCUGACGGUCACGUGAUCCGCGUAUGUAAUCCAUAGUGCCAUGCUGUCUGCGUAUAUCCAUGUGGAACACUUGAAUAUGAGACCAAGUUCUUUAGAUUUAGAAGGAGACGUGCGUGACAUGUGAGGCCGUGCUGAAAGACUGAACUCGUUCCCUGGUUCAGGGACUGAUGGACUCUUGUAGACUAAGAAUUCCAAGUUGCUGUUUAAAAAGAAAACAAGAUUAAACAGAUAUCAUUUCAA